GGGAGGGAGAGGAAGCGACAGCCAGCAGCCAAGGCGGCCGUGGCAGGCAUGGCCACUCCCACUUCCAGUGGCGGCGGUGGCUCGCCCCCCGCCGCCUCCGACCUCGUGCCCCCCUCCUACCCCGAGAUGAUCGUCGCGGCGAUCGCCGCGCUCGCGGAGGAGAACGGCUCCAGCCAGGCCGCCAUCGCGCGCCGCAUCGAGGCGGAGGCCCGCGGCGACCUGCCGGCCUCGCACCCGGCCCUCGUCGCCGCGCACCUCUCCCGCAUGUCCGCCGCCGGGGAGCUCGUUGCCGUCGCGGGGGGAAAGUACGCGCUGCCCCCGCCUCCGCCUCCGCCGCCGGCCCCGCUGGCGCCGGAGUCACCAGCUGACGACGAGGACGACGACUGCGCCGACGAGGAGGAGGCGCCGGAGCCUCUGCCACAGCCGCCCGCUAAGCGCGGGCGCGGAAGGCCCCCGAAGGUGCGGCCCCCGGGCUUCCCCGCCGCCGGCCCCGGCCCCGUCGGCGCGCCUGGAGCUGCCGCCGCCGCACCCCGCCGGCGCGGCCGCCCGCCCAAGCCGCGGGACCCGCACGCGCCGCCCAAGAUCCCGCGGCCGCGCGGCCGCCCGCGCAAGAACCCGCUCCCUGAAGGGAUGGCGCCGCGCCCGCGCCCCGGCGCGCCGACGACGGCCAAGGCGGCGCGCCCGCAGUUCGCCGAGGUGGGCUUCGUGUGAUGCGAGGACCCCUCUUGCCGGCAGGCCGGGGGCGGCGUGGGUGCAGGCGCUAGCUAACAUUUUGCCCUUGUUCCAGCUGUUGUCUGAUGUGGGGUUUCUUCUUCUCAGUUCGCGUGUGUUGUCUAAUUCCGGGAGCGUGUAGGGGCGGCAGGAGUCUGAGUGGACGCAGGGCGACGGCGGCGGGUGGCCGGCGGUGUGUCGUGGUUCGUGGUGUUGCUACCUUACUGCUAUUGGCAGUGGUCGGAGGGUUUCGCCUCCGGCGGUGUAUCUUGUGUCUCCUUGUCGCGCGCGCAAUGCAAUGCAGUUAGUCUGAUCGUUUCAUUUGCCAA